CCCUUGUCUGUAGCACGAGGCAAAGGUGCAGCGUAUGGUGCAACGAAGCGCCAUAACCAGCUCCACUUGCCAAACAGUCGCCAGCUGAUGGUCGACUCGCGUGGUCGCCUUUUUCCCAACCAAGUGAUUGUACGGUACAUUCACUCUAUACACUAUCGCUCGUAAACAUGUAAUGUUAUUGAAGUAAAUAGAAAAACAAAUCGGUGCUAUAAAACCAAAAUGGAGACAGAGAAGAGCACGAUUGAAGCAAGCAGUGUGCCACAUAAGAAGCCAAAUUACACGCUAAUGUCCCUGCAAAGGAUUUUGGUGUUGUCUUUUGUACUUAUCAGUGUUAUUGUUGUAAUUUAUUAUACGCCAAUGCCGGAUGAAUAUUUUGAGAAUUGCAACAGAGAAUGCAAUGAGUUGGAUUGGCCCAUGAUAUGCCGUGUAAAACUAGUUAUUGAGGUCUACAAAACUCUCAGCAAAUCCUGCGGCACUUGUACCGAAAAGGGUGGUGAAGAAUGUCCAUCUAUGUGCAUAUCUGCUGAUGGCAGAGAACGUGGAGUUUUAUCCGCGAAUAGAGUUCUGCCUGCACCAGCUCUACACGUCUGUGAAAAUGACAUUUUAGUUGUGGACGUUGUACACAGAGCACCUGCUCACGCUUUGUCAAUACACUGGCGGGGACAACCACAGAAAGAGACUCCAUUUAUGGAUGGAGCUCCCAUGCUAACCCAGUGUCCUCAACCGGCUUAUACUACAUUUCAAUAUAAAUUCCGUGCAUCAGCAGUAGGCACGCAUAUGUAUCAUGCGCACUCAGCCGCAGAUGCUGCGGAUGGGCUUGCUGGAGCAUUCAUCGUUCGUAAGCCUCCUCGUUUAAAUCCCUUGCAUAAAUUAUAUGACGUCGAUGCCACAGAACAUACUAUCUUUAUAGCAGAAUGGGGACAUUCAAUGGGACCUUUAGCUGGAAUGAUGUCAAGAAUUCCCAACGCAGAGUCAUUGCUUAUAAACGGAAAAGGAAAAACGGCAGACUCUCCAGACGCACCAAUUGCUAAAUUUAGUGUGGAAUACGGUAAAAGAUACCGCUUUAGAUUAGUAUAUGGCGGAGGAUCAAAAAGUUGUCCAGUGAAAUUUAGUAUACAUAAACACAUUCUUGAACUUAUUGCUCUAGAUGGCCAUAGAAUAGGCAUUGAAAAUGUCAAUUCGAUUACAUUAGGUCGCGGAGAACGCGCCGACUUUAUUCUGGAUGCCAAAAAGAUGCCAGGAGUGUAUAAUGUACAGGUGGAGGCGGAAAAAUCAUGUCAAGAUAAUUUAAAGGGUGUAGCUGAACUAGUCUAUGAAAAUAAGGAAUCUAAAGUGUUACAUGAAGACGAUGGAAUUAAUUCCGAAGUGAGCCGUGAGUUUACAACAGUGAUUAGUGAACAGUGUCUUAAAGACAAUGUGUUGUGUUUGGAUGAAGUGCACGCUGCUAAUAAACUUCCUACCGAGUUGAUUACAAAUUUGGAAAACAGAAUAUAUGUGCCAUUUAAUUACUCUACACGGCAAAUUUCUACUAAGCGAGUAGAGAGUUGGGGGCAGACGGACGGGCACCGGUUUACGUACCCCGCGUCCCCCCUACUGACGCAAGCCAGUGAUGUGCCUCCCGACGCCUUGUGUCCUCAAAGCGAGGGUCACGGAGACGAGUGUGUGCACGUGAAGAAUAUCAAAUUACACUCCACCGUAGAACUAGUGAUGUUCGAUCAGGGGGGCGAGUCCGAUCACAUCUUCCAUUUACACGGGUACAGUUUCUACGUGAUCGGCGUGAGAGAAUUCAACCGUAGCUUAACUGUGGAGGAAGUGACGAAAAUGAACGAAGACGAUACAUUGUUUACGUCGAAAAAUAUUGAAGAUCCAGUGAUAAAAGACACUAUAGUCGUGCCAAAGUUUGGCGUUGUCGCUUUGCGUUUCAAAGCUGACAAUCCAGGGUAUUGGAUGAUGAGGGACGAGCGCUCCACUCAUUGGACGAGAGGGUUGGACUUCAUUUUAAAAGUUGGCGAGGACAGAGACUUUGUGCAAGCGCCAGCUGAUUUCCCCAAGUGUGGUUCCUACGUGGGUCCAGAAUAUUUUCUAAUAUAGAAAUGAUAAAGUACUGAUAUUGUUGUUGUUACCAUUUGUUACUCGCUGAUGGGUUGCUCAUUAUUUAUUUAAAUUGUGAUAUGUUUAUAUUGAUGUUUGUUGUUUUCUUUAUUAUUUGGUAUCAGUCUUUUAUAAUAAUUAUAUUAUAAUAUUGUAUUAAUACGUACUAAAUGUGUUAUAUCCUAACAAUGUUUUACUCUAUUAGAAAUAUCAAACAAGUUGACAAUCUGGCUGACUGUAUGUCGUAAAUAUCGCUUAUGCAUAAUGUUGUGGACAUACUGUAUCGUCCGUAGUAGCAUUUACUCAUUGCUAAACCUGAGUAAUAAGGUGUUAAUUAUGCCUCUUGUGCCAGAGGUUGCACUGUGAAUACUCUUUAGUCGUACUGAAACACAAUGACGUAUUCAUUACUGUUUAACACUAUAUAUUAUAUAUGUAUGUGUUGGAAAUAUAUACCUAAUAUGACGGUAACUGUAUAAACGAGUUACACAAAAUACAGAUAGAUAAAACUACUACGUGAAAAGUUAAGGUUGUUAUAAAAAUAUUAAAACAAUGACCCAAAGGCUUAAACCGCCAGACUACUGUUGAGUCCGCAGUUUUGUUACAUACGUAUAGACUUGUAAUGUUAUUUAUUUUUAUUCUGUGGUAUAGAGAUUUACAAAGAAAUGAUAUUUGUAAAUUACUAUGAACCGUUAGAUUUUAUAUUUAAAUUUCAAUAACAUGUAGUUAUAAUAAAGGCAAGCUUUUCUCAAUUAAAAAAAAAGUUAAUGAUAUGAAAGUAUAAAAAUGAUAUUUUUGUGUAUAUAUCAAUUUAAAAGAAGUUUAAAUUAUAUAUAUGUAUUAUUAUUACAUCUAGUAAUUUAAUAAUUAAUUCACAACAGUUUUUUGUUGCCAGAAUAUAUUAAAAUUUGCAUUUCAGAAAAAAAUAUAAUGUUAUAAUUAUACAGUGCGAAUUAGUAGCUUAUUCCUAUACGAUACUGAGGUAGAUUAAGAAUGAAUUUAUAUGAGAGAAAGUUUUGUAAAUAUAUAAUGUUUUUACAUUUUAUUUUAUUAUUUUUUAUACCAUUGGUUAUGGUACUUACAUAAAAAAGAAAAUUAAUAUUUUGGUUUUAUCUAUGGUACUUACAACUGAUGAUAUGACAACCAUAUGUUUAUGGAUGCCCAAAACAAUUAGAUAAACACUGCUGUAUUGAUUUAAAAAACUGGGAAACUGAUAGAAAUAAAAACACUAAAGACAAUGUCUGAUCUAUAUCAACCUGACAGGAAGUGGUUCCGAUGCCUUACUAAAACAGGCUCGUCUAAGCCCUUCAAACAUGACGCCAGUUUGGGUGCCUUUUAUGGACAAUAAUAUGAUGGUAACACCUACCUACGCUAUCGGUUUUCACUGGUGGUAAUAGGUAAAGAUGAAAGCAGAACAGUUGUUUAUCGUGAUGAAAA